CAGGGGCAGAGAGAAAAAGGGACGGCCAUCACUGCACCACCUUCUAUGAGACAGCACACAGACAGAGGGGAAUAAACAGCCUACCUGAUAUUCACCUAACGUAGAAUAAAGUGAAAAGAGCCAUGGCUUCAAAACUUUGUUUUGUUGUGUUACUUUGCAUUUUGCUGCCGUUUUCUGAGUCAGGAAGACAGAUGCCCAAACUCUCUGACAAGAAACUCUGCGCUGAUGCAGAGUGUAGCCACCCCAUUUUGAUAGCCCGUGCGCUGGAGGACUACUAUCCUGGAGACUGUAGGUUCAUCCCCAUCCGACAGGGACAGCUCAUCUAUGUCUAUGCCAUGCUAAAGGACAGAGGGAACCUCUUCUGGGCAGGAAGUGUGCAGGACUCGUACUAUGGACAGCAGGAGGCUCGCAUUGGACAUUUUCCCAGCAGUGUUGCGGAGGAGACGCAUGCUCUCAUGCCAGCCACCGUUGAAGUAAAAACUGAUAAAUGGGACUUCUACUGUCACUGAGAUUUAAGCACAACUGGUCGUCACCAACAAAUGAUGCAAACUUCUGGCAGGCUAAACUACUAGACAAUUUCUUGUCUCUCAUGUGACCCCAUGCAUAUUGCUCACAGUACGUCAAUAUGUACCUAUGGAUAAGAUGACACCUAAAGAUUUGGACAUAGUCCAACAAGAAUGAAGCAUUCUACAGCAUAAUCACCUGUCAUAAAUGUAGUUUGCAUUUACCGAGGUGCAAGAGUGAAUCAGUGCUGCUUAAAAAGCUCUCUUUUUGUUCUGUCUCUUAUGAACAACUCAUCCUAACCACAUACAGCAUCAAUUCCUGCUUUGCAGAUAUCUUUAUACACUAGCUGUCAGAGAAUAUAAGUUAGACAAUAGCUGAAAUGGGUCUGCUGUUUCUUGACUGUCAUGAAUGCAUCAGAAAGGAAAUGUGCAAAUGUCAUCCACUGAAAUGGUAUUUUCUGGUUCCUUUUAAUACAUUUUAAGGAGAGAUAAUAUGAUGCCAUUAAUAAUGCAAAAUUAUGAAAAGAAAGGCGAGAAAAGGAAAACAAAUUCAGCCUCGAAAGAAUUUAUAAUGCUGUUCACUGAUGUUGGAUCAUGUCACAACAAAUCAAAGCUUUUUAAAGUAAAAUGUAAAUUUUGAUAAAUGUUGAAUUUUCCUUUUGCAUUCCCAUGUAAAGCAGUUUCCCAUGUUGGUAUCAAAUAACUCAUGCUAUACUACUAAAACCAUUCUGUAUGUUAGGAAAAAGUCAUGUAGAAUGAAUAAAAAGUUGCA